CUUGUUUUGUCUCUGACUGAUGGGGAAGGGCAGUCCUAGCACAGGAAAGCACUAACCUACGAAGUGAUUUCAGGUAGGGGACUGAGGGCUGCCUUCUUACACCGCAAAUUGUCCUUCAGAUACUGAGCAGUCACUCAGCUGUGUUCUUUUCCUCUUCUGUGACUUCUUAAGGCUUGCUUUAUUUGCUGGGCAGGCAGCGGUGUCUAAGCUUCUCCUGAGCUAGGUAUUGCAGAAAUCGAUUCCUGUUAUGUACUAUCGAAAGAGACUGGAGGUCAGCUGAGUUUCCAGGCUCAUCAGGUUUCCUCCUCCUCUCCAAGAAAGGCUCAGGCUUCGUGGCACGUUGACUGAAGGAAAGCGACUGUCCAAGUCUGGAGAUGAAAAGGGCAAACCUGACAAUCAUACAAUAUAAACCACUUGACUUUUCAGACAGACAUGUGGUCCGGCCAUUCCAGCCCUGCCAGUGCCCUCCCAGGUGGCGGAUACAGACAUGGGAUGUAGGUUUAGGCUUGAUUCUUCCUGUGAAUGCAAGAAUAGGGUCUGUGAUGCAGAACACGAGGGUUUCCUGGUAAUGUACCUGUCGCAGCAGCUGCUUGGAAAACUUCAUCUCAUUUUGAAGUCUGAUUAAAUUGAGGGGAAAGGAGCUUUCACAGCCUGUCUCUUCUCAGAACAGAGUCAGAGCAAUGGAGCUUAAAUCAAAUUCAACAGCAGCUUUGUAUGCCCAAGGACUACGUGGCCAAGCAGUUUGAUUUUAAAGGGCUGUGUUGUGUUGGCUGGGUAGAUCCCGAUGAGAUGUUCUCAUGUGAAGUCUCUCCCAUAGGAAUUACAGAUUUAGUCUUGAGUGAGCACAGUCAUGGGUUUGAAAUGUUUUUGAGUUGUAAGAAAACUACAGCAGCUGUUUCUGUCCAAAAUGAACGUGUUUGGUACCCGAUACUUGUGCAGGUUGUGACUCUCCACUAAACACGAUGGCAGACAGGGAUGCUUCCCCCUCUGUCUCAUGCUCACCUGAGGGAGCAGCUCGGGGUUUGCAGCAGGCAGGUGGAACCAGAACAGGUUUGUGAACUGGCAGGGAAGGAGAUUACUCACUGUCUUGUUGCUACAAGGGUGAAGACCAUGUAAGUACCUUCUGGGGCCAGGUGUGAAGGGGUCCCAGCACCCCACUCACAGAAAAGCUCAGACAAGUGCACCACCUCCUAAAUCAUCCCGCGGGGGGGGAGGCUUUACAGUCCCCGAGUGACAGCAGCAGGGGCAAGGCUGAGGUUUUUGCAGUGGUUUCUGUACUGAUCCUCACUUGCUGUGCUGCACAGAGCUACAGGAAGUUUACAGGUUCCAGUCUGUGAUUUACUUUCAGACACAAAAAUUCUCUCUCUCCGUAUUCCUAUAGAAUGGAUUUAUUGUCCCUGUGUCAAUGACAUCAGCAGAUCUAUCAGUGCAAGAGAUGCCUUUUUAUCAUUUCCUGUAUUACAAGGAGAGACGUCUGCUUUACAAAUAGCUCAAGCACAAUCAUAACAAUAAGGUCUAUCCCAAGUAAUGCGCCAGAAACAGGAGUUCAUCUCCCCUGCAUCACUGUUACUUUUUUGCCAGCUUGAUCUCACAGGACACUUGUAGCUCCCUUGAUGUAUUGAUGGAGACCUGCCAGUGGGCUGAAGGAAAUAAAGUCCUCAAGCUUUGCCAGUUCUCUCCUUCCUUUGCUGCGUGUGUGCGUGCACGCCAAGGAGCAGGAACAAUUCCUUCCAGACUGUUUAUGCUGGGCCUUGCCCUGUCUCAUCCCCAGUGCAGCUGUGUGACUAUGGUCCCUCCUUUUUCCCAGACUCCGUGUUCUUAAUACACGGGUGCUUUGGUAACGCAUCUCAGAGGGGCGGUGUGUGUCCUGUGUUCAGCAUUGUCUGCCUCCAAGGGCUCUUGAGGAAGGCUGAAAUAUGGCUUAGGGGAGAUCUAUGCAUUAUGUGAAUUUCAGGAAUGAUUUGCUCAGCCCUAAAUGAAGGUUGUUUCUAAUUAGGCUAAUGAAGGACGUCAUUCUCAUGGCUGGAGUGACUCGGUCUGGUACAGAGAGGUAUAAAUCACCUGUCCCUGUGCACAGACACUCUUUAAUAUCCGAAGAGCACAGGAGAGUAAGAGGGAUGAUGUUCACUGGGCUGUGAAGCAUUGAGCUCCAUCUGUGGGGGAGAUGAACCCAUAGCCCUGUUUCACCAUUGGCGCUGUGUCCCUUGGCCCACCCAUGGUACAGAGGGGUUGCCCCUUGCCAGCACCUCCACAUCUACUCUUCUCUGCACCAGCUUUGCUCCUAGGGUUAGUGAGUUUUCCAGGCUCCCAUUCCAUGGGAUGUGGCUCCACAUGGCCCCUUGGCUGGGUCUUGCGCAGCUUGCUCUGUCCCAUCACCAGCUCUCAUCACCAGAAGCUGCACCUCUCUUCCUUGCACUCUGCUGCAUAUAGAGGUGGGCAAAGCAACGCUGAAGACACUUGUGUGUCCAAGUGCUGUAACUCAGUGCCCUAGGCAGAGCUAUAACCACUUGACAGCACGUUCAUUCAUCCCAAAGGCGCAGGCUCACAAUGCACACAACCAAAAUGUGCCUGUGGGAGCUUUGCCCACCUUUCAUCUGUUUGUAGUUAAGAAGAAAGAGUCACAUUCUCAAGAAACUCAGAAGCUCAUGAAUGUGUAGCAAAACCUCAUCCCUCCUUCCCUCACAUCCACAGUGUCACACUGUGGGUCUAAUAACUUGGUGGUUUUCGAAUAUAUUUAACCUUGGCAUCAAUUCAAAUGCUUUGGCACAGAAGGAAGGGAGAGGUGGGCUCCUCAGGACAUUCAUCAUAGGAAACACAUUGAGAUUGGAUUUUCGUUAGCUGUGAAAAUCAAAUACUCUGAAGCAGCUUUUUCACCUUGACAGUUAAGAAUAUGCAUCAGUGAUGUUCCCAUCCUGCCUUGCUCCUGAUGUGCUGGUGAGCAGGGAUGCCCGUCUCCUCAGAAACCUUUUAGAGGGUGGCCUGGAAAAGGGAGAAGUUGGGCUCCAACCUCUUCUGCUUUCUUGUGACGCAGCAGUCUCCUCAGAGAACUUUUCUGCAGCAUCCCAUCAGUUCUGCCUCUUCUCUUCAGCUAUAGCCUUAGACCCCAUGGCUGGCUGGCAGCCUGCUGUCUGCCCUCCACUAAAGCCCAGAUUUGCCAUCGAUGCUUUUUCCUAAGAUAAAAUGACUCGCAAGGGUUUAAACAAAACCUCAACACAAGCCCCAUUAUUUUGCUAUUCCCUAUGAGUCACUGCGUGGUACGGUGAGGAUUUGAGCGCAGGGACAAGAUUCACACAGGGCAAGUGAAGGAAGUUGAGGGAAUGUUUCCCUUUUUCUUGCUAGGGGUUUCCAGUACUCACUGGGAUUGUCAGUGAAAAUCUCAAGGGAGAACCUCCACUGGACGGUCAGUAAAAGGAAAGGUCCAGCUUGAACCCUGGGUAUGAAAGCAUUUGCAAGGGGCUCCCAUUGCAUGGUCAGCACCAGGUGCCCAGGAGCAUCCUUUUAUUGGAAUGAUUGAUCUCACAAAAGGAGAAAUCAUUUCCCAGCCCCGGAGCCCCCGUGCUCCCCUCCUAGGUGAUGUUGUGGUUUCCCUGCAGCCAGCAGUGUGUGCUGGAUGCUCAGAGCCCGGCUUGCACCGGGCUGUAACCUUGCAGGAGCUGUGCUGCUUUCUGCAGGCUGCCCCUGCAGAGGGGACACGCUGAGAGCCCAGGGCCUGGAGCUACAGCCCUCAGAGCAGGUAACAACAGUUUUGUUAUUGCCUUAAUGUCUGCUGGAAGAUGAGCCCAGCACAGACCAGGGCGAGGAGGGACAGUUUAAAGCUCACCUCUGUGCUGGGGUCUUUGUCUGGGAUGGAUUGCCUCUGCUGGGGACUCCUGUUCAUUGAUUUCCCAAGCUCCCAGGGAGCAAAUAGGAAAAGGCACCCGGCUGGACACCGGCACGUCCCAGUGCCUCGGCCAGGCAGGCAGGGAGGAGCUUCCCAGAGCUGCGGGUGCCAUCAGUCACGCUGAGGACACAGAGAGGGGACAGUCACCUUCAGCAUAAACCUGUAAGGGAAAAGCCUGAGAGCAGCUGGCGAGCCAAGCGCUGAGAUGCUUUUAGUGCAGUGCCAGUGCAGAAAGAUGAGGCAGUGAACACCCAGAGCAGGCUGAGGGAUGGUGUGCAGCUCCCCAAGUUACUAUGAGCUGGGGUAGUUUCCUGCCUAAACCCUUUUCCCUCUAGGCAGAGCUCAGAGUGGAUCUUGGCUCAUUGCUGCUCAGACCCACGCCUUGAGUGCCCUGGUACUUACACUGUGUAGAUGUUUAAGGGGAUGGCCAGGGAGUUUGCAUGGAGCAGCUGGAAAGCCCAAGCGAGCGGAUGGUGGUUACAGUGACUUCUCACGAGCAGCAUCUGCUGCUGUGGAGCCACGCUGAGAGGGCUCAGUUUUCUGUGCUGUGACCCUGUGAGAUGAAUAGGGAGAGGAGAGGGAGGGUGUAAAGCAAGCAUCUUGUGAGUUAUGUUAACAAAGGAAAGCAAGUUCAUGCCCAUGAACUGUACCUUGUAAAUGAGGACAUUCAAAUGUGUGACACCCCAGUGCCAAAGCAGAACUGAGAAAGCAAUGUUCCCCAGCCAGGAAAGUGUAUGGAAAAACAGAUCAGUAUGCAUCUACCAAGUGUGUGCUGGGUUGGCAAGGAGAAGUCCUCCAAGCCAAGUUGCUGCUCUGACACCGGCGCUGUAUUAUUUAAAGUGGGAAGCCUCUAAGAUGCAAAUGUUAAUGUUUUCCUUACAUAUUUUAGCAGGCAGCUAUUAAAAGGAAAUGAAUUAAAUGGCCAGACAUCAAACUGUGUGUACAAAAUACAGUGCAUGCAAAGCUGUGGUGCUGUAUUUGUAUGUGCUGGUGACAGGACAGGAGAUGUUUGGUAUGUUCAAGUACAAACUAGCUGUGCGGCUGUCAGCCUGUCUGGGCAAUCACACUGCUUGGUGCUUUUCCCCAUAGGUGCUUGCAUAUCAAACCCCUGGCAGAUAACAGCUGGAGUUUAGUUUCUUGGUAAAGCACACACUGUUGUUCAGUGAAUGCUUUAUUCUGCACAACAAAAGACUGCAAAAAUCACUGCUGUGGUGGUCAUUUCUCCAGAAGUGAAGUUCAUGGCAGGAAGCUCUUUUGUAGUAGGAAUCCCUGACAGAAGCGGUUAGACAACCGGGCUGUGUGUGUUUGCCUUCACAAUGUCCAUGCAGUGCCACAGACCAGGCUUCCCAGACCCAGGCAGGAGGAUGGGGCCAGUGCAGAGCCUCUUUCUCAUUGCUAAAAGCCAGUAAAUGAGCUGGGGAAGGAGGCCAGUGGUGCCCAGCUCCCUGAGCGCCUCUGUCAGUUGAGCAGAAGGAUGUCAAUGGACCUUAAUUUAAAAUCACAUUUGCACCAAGCUGUCAAACCAGUAACGUGGGCAGAACAGGUCUCAGGGAGCCUGCCAGCAGCACAAGGGCUUUGGCCAUGUCUACUAGAGCGAGCAAGGUGAAACUGGGGUUGCUGUUGCUCCUUCUGUCUUCAGUGCAUGACACCUCUUUCUGUCCAGCACACACUGGCCAGGACUGCUCUGCACAGACCACUCCUCUUGCUUUCCACCACCUCUGUUCACAAGGGGAGCAGGAACCAUCCAGAGAGGCCUGAAGUUCAACAAAGCGAACUGAAGAGCAUGGAUGACCAUUGCAGCUCCCAUUAACAAAAGAAUUAACCAGCAUCCUGCCUGGUCUGCAGAGACAACUCCAUCAUACUCAUGAUGGGAGAUGCGUCCAACACCUCCGUGUUCAUCUCCACCUUAUCGGAGAGAGAAGACCUGAUUUUUGGCACGCUCUACUUGGUCUUUGGCAUCAUGUCCCUCUUUGGGAACUCGCUGCUCCUGCUGGUGGCCUAUCGGAAGAGGUCCAUGCUGAAGCCUGCUGAGUUCUUCAUCGUCAACCUGGCCAUCAGCGACCUGAGCAUGACAGUGACGCUCUUCCCCUUGGCUGCCUCAUCCUUCUUUGCACACAGGUGGCUGUUCAACCAGGCCGUCUGCACUCUCUACGCCUUCUGUGGGGUCCUGUUCGGGCUGUGCAGCCUCAGCAGCCUCACGGUGCUCAGCACGGUUUGCUGCCUGAAGGUCUGUUACCCAGCAUACGGCAACAAGUUCUCUCCCUGCCACGCCGGAGUGCUGCUGCUGUGCAUCUGGGCAUAUGCCCUCAUGUUUGCCACGGCCCCCUUGGCCGAGUGGGGCAGCUACGGCCCUGAGCCCUACGGGACAGCCUGCUGCAUCAUGUGGAACGCCUCGAGCAGGGAGGCCACGCUCUACAUCCUCGCCCUCUUCAUCUUCUGCUACCUUCUCCCCUGCCUCCUCAUCCUCGCCUCCUACUCGCUGAUCCUCUGGAGGGUGCGGGGGUCCCGCAGAGCCGUGCGGCAGCACACGUCCCCCCAGCGCAGAGCCCGCAGCGUGCACAGCCUGGUCGUGAAGCUGAGCAUCGCCGUGUGCCUGGGGUUCCUGGCUGCCUGGACCCCUUACGCUGUCAUUGCCCUGUGGGCAGUGCUGGGUGAUGCCAGCCAAGUGCCAGCGCUUGCCUUCGUGCUGUCGGCCGUCUUUGCCAAGUCCUCGACGCUCUACAACCCCCUGGUGUACCUGCUCUUCAAGCCCAACUUCCACAAGUUCCUCUCCAAGGAUGUGGUGCUCCUCCAGGCCAUGCGUACCCUGCUCUGCUGCGGCUGCCCCAGCGCUGCGCUCCAACCCUUCCCAUCCCCGGCCUUUGGGGACCACCCCGGGGCUUGCAGGAGCUGCAACGACACCUUUGAGUGCUUCAGUAACUACCCCAAGUGCCACAAGCCCGCGCGGGCGCCCGGCUCCUCGCCCCGCUGCGCGCCCCUGGCCAUGCUGGCCGAUGGGGCUGCGUGCCCGCCGCGGCUGAAGAGGACGGUGCAGGUGAUGGUGCUUGUCACCAGGAGAAGGUCGGGCCUGAGCGCUGUGAACGUGGUGGGGGAAGCUCUGCCGUCGGAUAUCAUGAAAGACCUUCUCUGAGCCCGGCCGUGCCCCGCUGCAUCCCACAGGGGCACUGGGGGAUAAACCCAAACCCAGCUCUCACCUGUGUAUCCACUGGGUCCCCAUCAUGUUCUGCAGAUGAAGUGACGUCUAACACCACCCUUGCCUCCUCCUCUGCUCUGGCUCUUGCAGCUCUGAGCCGAGGCUCUGCACUUAGAGAAACCAAACAAAACACCAAACCCCAGUGCCUGGAACUGGCCCAGGGGGCAAGUCCAGGGUCCAGUUUAUCCCGUGCCUUGCUCUCUGGGCCCUUGGCCUUUGUUUCUCCAUCCUGGUGCUCGGAUGACCAAGUAGGAACUUGGUUGUCUUAAGAAACUGUGCUUGGCAGGGAGGGCCCAAGAGGUGUCCUACCUCCAGCGCCAGCUCCCGCUGACCAUGUCCUUUCCCAGACGGGAGCAGGACGGUGCUGCUCAGCUACCUCACUUGGGAUUAUGAAGCAUCUUGAUAUACCUCUCAAGAGACCACUCUGCAGGCUGCCUAACCCCACUCCCUCGGUUUGAACACAAACCCACCACCACCAUAUAGAUCGAAAUGGGAGCUUGUCUUUAGAGUAAGGUUUGGGGUUGGAAUAAUCCUGGUGUGAGUAAUAGCAGCCCCAGGUCGUGCUCUCCAGGCAGGGAAUUGCAGAUCUGUGGCCAAGCAUCAUCCUGGAGACAGGGCACAAACUGAGUGAGACAGUGCUGAAAGAGGCUGGUUAUGUCCCAAAUAUUAAUCAAUGCAUUCAAGGUGAUGGGAAGAGUCAGCAGCAGUGGUAGGAAACACGCUGCCCACCAGCACCCAGCAGCCAGUUACUCGUGGGAGUGCUUUAUGUUGUCUCUGGUUAAUGAAUGAAAUGGCACCACAACCCAUUGCCAGGGCUGCAGCAUUAAGUCAUGGAUGUGCUAUGUGGGAAUAGUGACCUGUGUCUGCAUGGACACGGGAAACAGCCGCUGCCCCAAUGCCAUCACUGCCUGUGCUCUGCCUGCCCGCUGACCCCCGGCUCCCCCUCUUCUCUCCAGACACCAAUAGUGCUGGUUUCAGCCAUUGCUGUAGAACCAGGAUCUGUCACUGCCUUUGCUUAGCACAGACACAGCAGGGUCCUCUCUUCCAAGGACUCACAGCACCUCAAGGAAGACCUGAUAGCUGCAGGGUGUGCAGAAACACAGAGGGAAGGGGAUGCUCUUGGUGGGGGGCAACAAACAACAGAUUAAUUUAAGCUACAAACUUAAACCUAAGCAUGAAGAAUACCGAGGGUUUUGGGCCUCAAUGUUUGGGCUCAGUUCCAGAGUAGGAGGCAAUGGAGCCAGUGUGAGCUCUGUGCUGGGGAGGGCGGUUGCUGCAUGUAAGUGUGCUGUGUGUGCCAUCACUACCCGUUGCUGCUGCACAGCUCUCAUUAGCACACAGCAGUCAUGCUCUUGCUUUUGUCCCUUGGUCGUUUCCUCUGAUGCACCUGAACUGGCUGUUUCCCUGUAACCAGAGAGGGUCCUCUGUACCUCUGGGGUGCUCCUGCAUCUUCCCAGGAUGGUUUUGCCCACGUGUGAUACCUGCAGGCGGUCGGGGCAGGGUUUAUGCCCAAGAGCCAAGUAGUACCUGAAAAGCCAUGCAGGGAGCAACGCUCCUGCCUUUGCUCCCUAUUCCUGUCAUGCAAAAACCCGCACCCAGCCCCGACAUGGACCGUGUUUGCAAAGGAAGGGAUUAAAAUCAGGAGGGAGGACGGGGUUUCCAGCGAGGGUGCAAGUCACUGGGUCACUGCCCUUCCACCCACAGCAUGGGGCUGCCCCAUCUCCAGGGCACUCUGGCACACAAGGGAAUCACUCGGGGUCACUGCUCGCUGGUCAUCACAUUCCAAAUACUGUGUAUUGUUAAAGUAAACUCGCUCGUGCAAGACUGGC